AUGCCGAAACCACUUUUCGAUCUGAUGAAACUUCCGACGCUGGCGCUUAAAUCAGUUGUUCGUUUUUCGGAGCCAAAUGAAGUCAUCGAAACCUCAAUGUCCUCGGAUACCUUCUUGGAGGAGCUCAAAAAAUUCAAAAUUCCCGCCGACUAUCUCACGUUUAUCCGUGAGGAUUCUAGAAUCUCACUUGUACUGGGUUUCGACGAUAUCGCCAUUAAUAUUCACUGUUUUCGCUUUCCAUCGGAAACUGGCAAACUGAAAAAGUUGAAUGGAGAAUAUGUAUUCUGGAGGAAACACGAAGGGACCAGCAGACGUGUCACCUGGAAUUUCCAGACUGCGGAUACCUCGAUAAAGUCGAAUUUCAAAAUGAUCGAUACCAUCGUCACUUACUUUUUGACGAUUCUGAGAAUCAAGACAUUCAACUUGAGUUGUCUCAUGAAUCUCCCGAAAUUCAGUGAUUUAAGUAUGAUUCUCAAGUAUUCGAAACACUUUGGAAAUGUUGGAUAUCAACGUCGCGACAUUCGGAAAACACCGAUGUUGCCCGAAGAAUUGCGACGUCUUCUGGAUGGAAUCACCGCGGAAACAUGGGAUUUGAAUAUCCGAUGCGAUGGAUUUGAAUACGAAAAACCAUUGAUGAAAUGCAAACGUUUUCAGUCUUCAUCCAUCGGUUGGGUCACCACAGACUGUGUCCUUGGCGCUGAUACCGUUAGUGUGAAAAUCGAUGGGAGACCCAGAAGAUUCUUUGAUUUUAACAAGAUUAUUCAAUAUUGGGUCGAUGGGAAAAUUCCGAAUCUUGAGUUGGUUCAGUACAGACAGUAUGAUGUGAAUGUCGAUCAGGGACAGGUUCUUCGUGGGAUAAAUACGAUUGAAACUAUUUUUGUCGAGCCCGACUUCCGUCGUCGACUAAUCGACUUCUUGGACCAUCCGGCCGACAUCAAACGCAAAACUGACGGGCGCCGUGCAACCGUUCUCUUCGGACCCGGCACAAUCGAGUUCUGUGUCUGGAAACCGGAAUACAUUUUGGGAUUGACAGAGCGAUCGUUCGCUCGAUACAAACGAAGUAUCGGGGAGUUCGAAUAUUGA